GUCCCCGAAGAAAUUCUUGUUGAGAGAGUUGUUGGAAGAAGACUGGAUCCCGUUACUGGUAAGAUAUAUCACUUGAAGUAUUUUCCUCCCGACAAUGAAGAAGUUGCUGCCAGACUUACACAGCGCUUUGAUGAUACUGAAGAAAGGGUGAGGUUAAGAUUGCAGACUCACCACCAGAAUCUAGAGGAUGUUCUUUCAUUGUAUCAAGAUGUAACAGUUAAGGUGAAUGGAAAUGCGCCAAAGGCAGUUGUAUUUGAUCAAAUAGAUAGACUGCUAACAGGACUUCUAGAGCAACGGAAGGCUGCUAUAGAAUCUCUAGCCACAUAGAUAACUUUGCAGCAUGGUUAGGCCCCUUUUGAGUUUGUGAGAUUACAUACUCAGCGAAAUGGAUCUUUUUUGUUAUCAUUUUUUUUCGGUGGAUAGGGAAGCCUUAUCUAUUAAUUACAUUUUUACUAUGACUCUGUACAAAAGCAAUAAACAUGAGAAAACAUCAUUAUGUAGUGUUACGAGGUGGCUUGAGACCAGAAAAGCUUGUACUGCAUUUACUUUCAUCUUACCCAAUGUAGUAGUAUCAAUAAAAUGAUUGAAAUGGAAUUUCAAGGAAGAGUGAUAAA